AUGACGGCAAAACUUGAAGAUAUUAUGGCCUAUGAUAGGCUUUCAUCAACUUCCACUAAUUCAUAUGAAACCGAUAGUAAUGUAGACAGGGAGAAUCUGUUAAAACGACGUCACAACAUGCAACUCAUUUACGAUGUUGUAAAGAAAAUGUGCGAUACGAAAUGCGAAGUUGCCUUCAUUUUUGAUCCGGCACAUCCCUGUAAGCUUGUUGAUUAUCCAGAACGCGACGAGGAAGCAAUUAGGAGGUGGAACGAGGCCAUUCAGUACAUUAGAGAUCCAAGACAUACUGUCUUAAAGCUAAAUUCUACCCCUAUUUCAACAGAUGAAUCUGUAAAACGCUUUAAUUCAUAUAAUUCAUCUACUUCUUCAUCUGAAAAAAUUGGAAAGAGCUUGCAUACAAUGCGUUUUGCUAAUAAUUUAAUAUCUUUGCUUUCGAAAGAUCCGGCUCUCUAUGUAUGCACAAUGCAUAUUCUUCGGGAUAAACUGAUCGGUCAACCAAAAUCAAAUGGCAAUAUCGGGAAUUCCGAGGUUAAUCGUGUCCAACAGGUUAAUAAGAUUGAAAAGGAAAGCUGUGAAUCACCUAUGCCCACGUGGCUUAAAAGACUGGAGUAUAUGGCUUCUGAUGUAAAACCAUUCAAAAUGCCAUUCACACAUCUAAUGCCUCCACACCCCGAGGAGAUCUUUCAAACCCUAGGGGAUUCACAAGAAACUUCAACUAAAAGCGAUCGCUUUGAUGAGUAUUUACAGGAGGAUGACCAAUUAUUUGAUUCAUCAUCUCAAAAGUCGUUGUUUUCCUCCACUUUGCUAACCGGAAGAGAUGAUAAUGACAAUGGUAGUCAGGAUCGCGACGAACAGUCACCUAUUACGCGUCUGUUGGAGAAGCUAAGAAUAAACGCAAAUGCGGAAGAGCUGAAGUUAAGAGAUAAUAUGAUGCCUCACACACCAUCGUCGAGCACAUCGACUGGGGAAUUUAAUGUCAAAACAGAUACCCCCUUGACGGCAGCCUAUAAGGCAUCUGGUCUUAAUAUUUGCAAGACGAAAAAAGACCAACAGCCGCCAAAUAAGGCCUUAUUUGUUGAUUAUUUGCGUAAGAUGGAUGGAGAAUCAAAACAGGAUACAAGUGACUCGACGCUAAUAGGAAACAACUUUAUGGGACCACAAGAAAUUGGUUACCAAUGUCCAUGUUAUUUUGAAAAAUAUAUUGAUACCACGACAAAUCUUGAUAUGCAAAAAAAACUGCAGUUGUUACGGGGUUCUAGAUCUAAUUCACACCAAACACCAACCAACAAGGAAGAACGGAAAAAUUCACCUUCACUGGAUUUUGUUUCAAACAUCAACAAUUACGGUGAUGCUGGCAUCGACAGACAAGUUACAACUAAACCUCCCGUGAGCGUCAGAGCUUCUCAGUCAAACCAGAGAUCGGAAAGGACUGCGCAAGAGUUCAUUGCUGACGCAAUAGCGGCUGCGAGGCGAUCAAGUGUGCUUCUUCACGGAGAGUAA